UUGAGAAAUAUUCUGCCAAGCCAGGGUCAACCCUCCAGGCCACAGGUUGAGCAAAUGCUAUGGCCCAGAAAGGGAGACACUCCUCAUGAAGGGGUGGUCUUCAUCCUUUUAGAUCAACUUCCUGCUGGAGGCUCCACCCCUACCACUGUCCUCCCUAUUCUCUCAUCCGGAGUCGUCUUUUGGGAUUUUUGGAGUUGAGCACCAUGGGGACUCCAAAUGAUCAGGCAGUGCUGCAGGCCAUCUUCAACCCUGACACCCCAUUUGGAGACAUUGUUGGAUUGGACGUGGGAGAGGAAGCAGAAAAGGAAGAACUAGAAGAAGAUGAAGCUUUCCCUCAAGCACAGCUGGAGCAGUCCAAGGCCCUGGAGCUGCAGGGGGUGAUGGCAGCAGAGGCUGGGGACCUCAGCACAGCUCUGGAGAGGUUUGGCCAAGCCAUCUGCCUGCUGCCUGAGAGGGCUUCAGCCUACAACAACCGUGCCCAGGCCAGGCGACUCCAGGGAGACGUGGCAGGUGCCCUGGAGGACCUGGAGCGCGCGGUGGAGCUUAGCGGCGGCCGGGGACGCGCCGCCUGCCAGAGCUUUGUGCAGCGCGGACUCCUGGCGCGGCUGCAGGGCCGGGACGACGACGCCCGCAGGGACUUCGAGCGGGCAGCGCGGCUGGGCAGCCCCUUCGCGCGGCGCCAGCUGGUGCUGCUCAACCCCUACGCCGCGCUGUGCAACCGCAUGCUGGCCGACAUGAUGGGACAGCUGCGCCGCCCCGUCAACGGCAGCUGAGCGCUGCGGAGCUCCGGCGUCUGGGGGCGAGGGAACGGGAAGGGGGGCGCCUGAACCAAUAAAGUCGUCGGGCCUCACCAACUCUGCCUGCUCCUGCGUCCUGCCUGCGCCCGGCGAGAAGGGCACCCGGGGGGACU